GAGCAGAGGCCUUGGUGAACUGGGGCUCUCUCUCGCUCUGUCUUUGGAGUUGCAGGGCCUCUCCCCCGUCGUGUCCGCCAUAGCCAUCCCCUCCACUUCCUCGCCAUGGUGUCCCUCAAGUUGCAGAAGCGCUUGGCCGCCAGCGUGCUUAAGUGCGGAGAGCGCAAGGUGUGGCUCGACCCCAAUGAGGUCAACGAGAUUUCCAUGGCCAACAGCCGGCAGAACAUCCGUAAGCUGGUGAAGGAUGGCUUCGUCAUCCGCAAGCCCCAGAAGAUUCACUCGCGUGCCCGUGCUCGCCGUGCUUUGGAGGCGAAACGGAAGGGCCGUCACUCAGGAUACGGGAAGCGCCGUGGUACUCGAGAAGCCAGACUUCCUACUAAGGUCUUGUGGUUGCGGCGCAUGCGAGUGUUGAGGCGUCUGUUGCGCAAGUACCGUGAUGCUAAGAAGAUUGACAAGCACAUGUACCAUGAUAUGUACAUGAAAGUCAAAGGUAAUGUCUUCAAGAACAAGCGUGUCUUGAUGGAGAGCAUUCACAAGUCUAAGGCUGAGAAGGCACGUGAAAAGACUCUGUCUGACCAAUUCGAGGCUAGGCGCGCCAAGAACAAGGCUACACGUGAGCGCAAGAUCGCCAGGAGGGAGGAGCGACAGGCACAGGGUAUUCCUGCUGUUGCUCCUGCCCAGGCUGCCGAGACUCCAGUGAGUGAUGCUCCAGCGAAGAAGUCAAAAAAGUAGAGUUUGACUGAAGAUUUUGCACUAGUGAAUCUUGUUGUUUUGGAUCAACACGACGGAAGAUUGCUUUUCUUUCUUAACUUCGUUACUGCUAUCAACUUGAA